AUGGCAAGCAGCAGGGGGCCCCCUGAGGCCCCGGGGCCUCAGCAGCGGCGCAGCGGCUUAGGCGGCCUCUUCUGCCUGCAGCAGCAGCAGCAGCCGCUGCUGCUGCUGCUGAAACUGCUGCUGCUGCUGCUGCUGCAGCAACCUGCUGCAGCAGAACAGUCGCAGAACGACCAGCCCCAAAACCCAAACUCCAAAGACCAGGGGGCCCCCUGGGGGCCCCCCACAGAUGUUCACGACGUAGACGAAAAAGACAGCAACUACGGCGCUGCUGCUGCUGCUUGCUGCUUCGGGGCUUCUCCGUUUUUAGUGCGAGCAGCAACUGUCUAUACAGCUGGAGUUGUUGCUGCUGUUGCGCUGCUGCACCUGCUGCCAUCCGCAGAGAAGCAGCUAGCAGCAGCAUGGGAGCAGCAGGGGUCCCUGCAGCAGCAGCAGCAGCAGCAGCAGCAGCAGCAGCGGCAGUACCCUGUUGCUUCGCUGUGCUGCUUGGUUGGGCUGCUGGUGUCUGCUGCUCUCGAAGCAGCUGUGGAGCAGCAGCAGCAGCAGCAUCCAGGCGACGGCAGCAGCAGCAGCAGCAGCACCGGCAGCUCUCUUUUGGAGUCCCUGAGCUGCAGCAAAGACAGGCAGCCUGCUGCUGCCGCUGCUGCAGUGCAGCAGCCACACCCCGCAGCAGCAGCAGCAGCAGCAGCAGCCCCACACUGCAGCGACAGCCACGGAUUUGAAGCUGCAGACAGACACGCAAAUAGCUGCUGCUGCUGCUGCUGCAGCAAAGCUAGCAGCAGCAGCGGGCCCUCAUUUAGAGUCCCCAUGGGCACGGGAGCAGCAAGCGCGCCUCCAGGCCCUGUGAGCAUGCUGCCGCAGCAUGCUGCUGCUGCUGCUGCUGCUGCUGCUGCUGCUGCUGCUGGGCGGCACAAGGCUUGCUGCGAUGCUGGCCAUUCCUGCGCUGGCUGCGGCAGCAGCUGCUGCAGCGGAGGCAGCAGCUGCUGCAGCAGCUGGGAGUGCCUUGACCGGAGAAAGGCGCCCGAUGGACCUGCAGCCCCCGCUGCUGCUGCUGCUGCUGCUGCUGCUGCUGCUGGUGACAGCAGCAGCAGCAGCAGCAGCCCUGCGGACCCCGAGGGCCCCAGCCUGAGCUGUCCGUACACCUUGAUGGACGAGACAGCAGUGGCGCUGCCCGCUGCGGCUGCUGCUGCUGCUGCGCUGCAGCAGCAGCAGCAGCAGAAAGCCGCCCUCCCAGCAGCAGCAGCAGCAGCAGCAGCAGCAGCAGGAAGUGUGGGGCCCCACAGCUCUGCUGCGCGCUCCGUCUUCUCCGGCAGCCUGCUGCUGGCUGGGCUGUCUGUACACUCCGUGCUCGAGGGCCUCACUUUAGGUGCUGCUGCUAAUCCCAAAACUGUUGCUGCUGCCAUUUUGCUGCACAAGACUCUGGAGGCCUUCGCCGUUGGCAGCUCGCUGCUGCACGUGGGCGCAGACCAGACCUGCUACAUUAUCCAGAUGCUGUCGUACGCCUUGACGGCCCCACUCGGAGUUGCUGCAGGUCUAUUCAUCCAGCGCUCUGCUGCUGCAGAUGCACCAGGCGGCGACCUAAGCAGCAGCAGCAGCAGCAGCAGCAGCAGCAGCAGCAGCAGCAGCAGCAGCGUUGGGGUGUACGUACACUUCUUGCCCGGGGCCCUCACGGGGCUCGGCGCGGGGGCCUUUUUGCAUGUGGGGCUUCUGGAGAUAUUGGCCAGCGAGCUGCAGCGGGGGAGAAGACAAAAAAGAAAAGAUUUGCUGCUGAUGGUGGGCCUCACUGCUUUGGGGGCCCUUUCCAUGGCUCUCCUCUGA